AUGUUGCCGGACAUCAGAACUGUGGCGGCCGACCUCUUGGGCAGCCGGGGCUCUUUCAGGCGGAAGAAGGCGUGGUGUUCAAUCGCAGCCUUCCAGAGGCGUUUGGCCAGAUGGUGGUUGAGCAAACGGAAGCCGACCAUCGCUUCCACAGGUUCCGUCUUUUUUGGGCCAAGCAAUAUGGGUGAAAAAAAAAAUAUUGGGAAAUGA